AUGGUGCUCCCUACAGAACAAGAGCAACUGAUUUCAAGCCUCGUGGCAGCUCUUCGCACCUUACAGCCAACCACUACUUCACUCGAUCCGUUUUCCGAAGGAUCGGAGACUAUGGCAAACUUUUUUGUACGUUUGGAAAAUUUCUUCGCUCUACGCCAGAUUCCUGCGGAUCCUGAAGGUGCUACAACUUCAGUAAGAGUACAAAACUUAAUUAAUUACAUUGGCGCUAAAUACGUUUCGACUGUCUACAGUGUCUGUGCUCCGGUGAUACCUGAAAAGAAGAAGUACUCUGAUGUUAAACAGCUUCUUAUCAACCACUUCGAUAAGCCGGUCAACGAAGUGGUGGAGCAGCAUCGCUUCAUGCUGCGAGUACAAAGCGAUACGGAAUCUGUUAAUCAGUUCGUUACAGAACUGAAACGCCAAGCAGCUUUAUGCAAUUUUACGUGCGGUCAUUGCGAUACACGAAGAGAAUUACUACAAAAAGGCGGCAGUGAAUCUACCACUACUUUCACAUUCGAUAAAGCAGUCGAAUAUGCCGUUGCAGCUGAAUCGUCCAAACUUGGCAACGAUGUAAUUCAAAAUUCUCAUUUCAACGCCUCAACUUCGGGACCAAAACCUGUAAACAAGCUUCAAGUAAAUAAAAAUAAAUCCACCAGGCCAUUUUCACAGCUCCGGGGAUCUUGUUUUCGAUGCGGUGAUAAAGAUCACCCAGCAGACAGUCUGCUCAUUCUGCAACAAAGUCGCGGAGGUCACAGUGGACGCGGUGGCCGUUCGAAACGUCCAUAUUAUCGCCAAAAUAUUCCUAGUACUGGUGCAACGAAUCCUACGAAUCCGAACGAAGUAAAUUAUUUCGAUUUUCACGUUCUUAACCUACAAUGCAACUCGAAUUCGAAUAAUUCCGAUAAGAUACUUCUCAACUUCGAUAUUGGUAAUAAAAAUAAGCAGCUUGAACUCGAUACCGGCGCAGCUGUUACUACUUUACGUGUAUCUGUUAUCAGAGAGUUGAUUCCUGGUAUUAAAAUACUUCCAACUACUGAUAAGCUUAGAUCUUUCGAUGGCACUAUUAUUGAUCCGAUCGGUGUUGUGAAUCUUUUCGUCAAGUAUAAAUCGAAUGCUGAAAACCUAACAGCUUACAUUGUGCCAAAUUCUCAUCCUGAAGUUGUUGGGCGUACGUGGAUAAAAGCGUUUCGAAUAAUACCUCCUGAGUUGCUGGAAAUUAAUACUGUUUCAACCGAGGUGAAUUAUACUGACGAAAUUAAGAAGUUGAUUCGCGAAUAUUCAGAUUUAUUUUCCGGUGGAUAUGGCAAAAUUCCUAAUUUUCAAUGCUCACUACGUUUGAAAGAUAAUGCUGUACCUGUAUUUAUGAAGCCUAGAACUUUACCAUAUGCCAUAAAACCAUUAGUCGAAGCUGAAAUUGAGAAAUUACUUGCCCAAGGCAUACUUUCACCUGCUAAACACCCUACUUGGGGAACACCAAUUGUACCUGUUAUUAAUUCAAAAGGUGCUUUACGAAUUUGCGGUGACUACAAGGUGACAAUCAAUAAGUACCGUAAAAUCGAGCAACUUGGGACAGUUUUCACUUUGAAAUCUUAUAGAUUUUGA